CGCGGGCGGGCGGCGGAGGCCCCCGCGCACGUGUCUCCAAGGCGACGGGCGGCGGCCAUGAGGCGGCCGAACGUGCUGAUCACCGGCACGCCGGGAGUCGGGAAAACCACGCUGGGAAAGGAGCUGGCCGCCAGAGCUGGGCUCAGCUACGUCAACGUGGGCGACCUGGCCAAGGAAGGAGAGCUGUACGAGGGCUUCGACGAGGAGUACGACUGCCCCAUCCUGGAUGAGGACAGGGUGGUGGAUGAGCUGGAGGCCAGGAUGAGCGAGGGCGGGGUGAUCGUGGAUUACCACGGCUGCGACUUCUUCCCCGAGCGCUGGUUCCACGUCGUGUUCGUGCUGCGCACCGACAGCUCCUGCCUGUACCAGCGCCUGGAGAGCAGGGGCUACACGGGCAAGAAGCUGCAGGACAACAUUCAGUGUGAAAUUUUUCAGACUCUGUAUGAGGAAGCUGUGCUGUCCUAUAAAAAGGAGAUUGUACACCAGCUACCCAGCAACACCCCAGAGGACCUGGAGAGAAAUUUGGAUCAGAUUGUGCAGUGGAUUGAGCAAUGGAUGAAGGACAACAACUGACUUUUGGUGAAACAGUAACUGCUGGGUCUCUUCCUGGGAGGGAGGGUGCAAUAAAGGGUGUUGGUAAUUGCUGUGCUGCAGCUGAACGUGGAUUUUGCUGUAACUGGCUGGGGAGUAGAAGAAGGUUCAGAGCAGGCAGGUAGUGAGGGUUUGUGACAGCACCCCAGAGGCCACAGCAGGGCUGAGACAAGUGACUGAAAGGAUGGCAGUGAGCAGUGCUCAGUAACUGAGAAUUCUUUAGACCUUACAGUUAAAGCCAAGCCGUGAAUUCCCUGUGAGAAAACUGUAAAAUCCUGAUAACAGGUGGCAGUUGAGGCACUUUUGAUUUCCAGAGUGUGGAACAGUGUCCUGGCAAGGAGUUGGUUUGAUGCUGAGUUGUGGGACUAAAACUUGCUGUGCUCCACUGUGGCCUUGGGCAUGUGAGGAUAAUGCAGAGUGAGAGGAUUUGGAGCAGGGUAAGGUGGGUCCUUUGCUUUGGAGGAAAAAGAAGUGAUGUGAGAGUUGUUUUGAAAUGAUUGCCUUGAGCUUUGGAGAUUCCUUCAUGUGUAACGAAACCGGCUAUGUGAGCACCGGCCUGGGGUGUUGAACAAUAAACUUUAUUUUUUUCCUUUUU